AUGAGCGGCGAAGAGGAGAAGCCGGCGCUGGAGCAGUUUGGUGUCGACCUGACAGCCCGGGCCCGUGAUGGCAAACUCGACCCCGUCAUUGGCCGCGAUGCCGAAAUCCAACGAACGAUACAGAUCUUGUCCAGACGAACAAAGAACAACCCGGUGCUGAUUGGCAACGCUGGUACCGGAAAAACGGCCGUUUUGGAAGGAUUGGCGCUGCGCAUCAUUCAAGGCGACGUGCCCGAAAGCAUAAAGAACAAGCGCGUCAUUACGUUGGAUCUAGGCUCGCUCAUUGCCGGUGCCAAGUUUCGCGGCGACUUCGAGGAGCGACUGAAAAAGGUGCUCGACGAAGUACAAAAGGCCGAGGGCGAAGUGAUUCUCUUCAUCGACGAGCUUCACACCCUGUUGGGUCUAGGCAAGGCAGAGGGUUCCAUUGACGCCUCCAACCUGUUGAAACCUGCCUUGGCUCGCGGCGAGCUGCAAUGCUGUGGUGCCACGACACUUGCCGAAUACCGACUCAUCGAAAAGGACGUUGCGCUCGCUCGACGAUUCCAGCCCAUCAUUGUCAACGAACCGACAGUGGAAGACACCAUCAGCAUUUUGCGGGGCAUUAAAGACAAGUACGAAGUGCACCAUGGUGUCCGAAUUACCGAUGGCGCUCUUGUAGCGGCGGCCGCGCUCUCCAACCGCUACAUUACCGAUCGAUUCCUGCCCGACAAGGCCAUCGACCUCAUGGACGAAGCUGCCAGCCACCUCAAGCUGCAGCACGAGUCCAAGCCCGAGGACAUAAUGCGCCUCGACCACAAGAUUAUGACGAUCCAGAUUGAGCUGGAGAGUCUGCGCAAGGAAAAAGACGUGGCCAGCAAAGAGCGUCGAGCAAAGCUGGAGGAGGAGCUCAAGAAGAACCAGGCGGAAAUCUCCGAGCUCAACGCCCGCUGGGACAAGGAAAGGUCGGAGCUCGACGCCGUCAAGAAGAUCCAGGAAGACCUCGAUAAGGCGCGCUUCGAACUGGACCAGGCGCAGCGCACCGGCAACUUUGGACGCGCUUCGGAGCUCCGCUUCGGCGUCAUUCCGGACCUUGAGCAGAAGCUACCCUCUGAGUCCGAGAAGGAGCAGGAGCAUCCCAGCGACGGCGCCCUGAUUCACGACAGCGUCACGGCCGACGACAUUAGCACCGUUGUCUCGCGCAUCACCGGCAUUCCCGUCACCAAACUGACAUCCGGGCACAUGGAGAAGCUGGUGCACAUGGAGGACAGCCUGCGCGCAUCUGUCAAGGGCCAAGACGACGCUCUCCGCGCCGUCGCCGAUGCGGUGCGUCUCCAGCGCGCCGGCCUGAGCGGCGAGCACAAGCCGCUCGCCUCCUUCUUCUUUCUCGGCCCCACAGGCGUCGGCAAGACGGAGUUGUGCAAGAAGCUGGCGGGCUUCCUCUUUAGCACUGAGUCGGCCGUUGUGCGCUUCGAUAUGUCCGAAUUUCAGGAAAAGCACACAAUUUCGCGGCUGAUUGGCGCGCCGUCGGGCUACGUCGGCUACGACGACGCCGGGCAGCUGACCGAGGCGGUGCGCCGCAAGCCGUACGCCGUGCUGCUGCUCGACGAGUUUGAAAAAGCGCACCGCGAUAUUGCCGCGCUGCUGCUGCAGGUCCUCGACGAGGGUUACCUGACGGACGCGCAGGGCCGCAAGGUCGACUUCCGCAACACCAUCAUCGUGCUCACGUCCAACCUCGGCGCCGACAUUCUCGUCGGGCAGGACCCGCUGCACCCGUACAAGGAGGACGCCAACGGGGAGAUGGAUCCGUCGGUGCGCGCCGCCGUCAUGGACGUGGUCGGGCACGCAUAUCCGCCCGAGUUUUUGAACCGCAUCGACUCGUUUAUUCUGUUUAAGCGGCUUGGGCGCGACGCCCUCCGCGAUAUUGUGGAUAUUCGCCUGGAGGAGCUGCAGGCGCGCCUGGACGACCGCCGUAUCGUGUUGCAGGUCGGUGACGACGUCCGCGACUGGCUCGCCGACCGCGGGUACGACCCCAAGUACGGCGCCCGCCCGCUCAACCGCCUCAUCACAAACGAGAUUGGAAACGGCCUCGCGGACCACAUCAUCCGCGGCAAGCUCAAGAUGGGCGAGACGGCGACCGUUCACAUCAAGGACGACGGGUCGGGCUUGGUCGUGGCCAACAGCUCAGCGGCAGAGGCUGCGCCGGCGGCCGCGUCUGCUUGA